GUCAUCGACUCAGCACAAACGGAACAGUGACUGGUGAGGGGGAGAAACGAGCUGACGGCCACUUUCUGGAGACUAAAAUAUUCUCGACACUACUAAUCCUUAUUCUCAGCCAAAAAUGAAGCUCUUAUGUCUCACAGUGCUUCUUGCCUAUUCCUUCGCCCUGGGCACCGGCCUGGAAUGCUUUCAAUGUGGCUUGACUUCUUCACUAUGUAUCACCACGGCUACCUGUGCUGUUAAUGAGUCGUGUUUCUCCAGGAACUUCACUGCAGGUUUUAUAAACAUAUUCACCUCCGGCUGCACCAAGAAUGAAAACUGUGGGAAGGUGGCCACCGAAAGCUAUCUCACCAUUUCCUACACCACAGCUACUCAGUGUUGCAAUGUGGAUCUGUGCAACGGGGCCUCGGCAGUCCAAGCCUCCAUGCUUGCCAUUCCCAUCCUGGUUCUUGCCCGGUUUCUGGCCUUCUAGUCGGGAUCUCUCCCCAAUUUCCCCCCUCCCCCACCUCCCCACUUCUGUUUUGCUAUCUGCUGAAGAAAUCUGUACUCUGAAGCCCAGGUUUUGCCUCCAAAAUAGUGCCACGCAAAAAAAAAUCGGAUGCUUUUUAAACUCUGCUUUUAUUUGACAAAUAGUUGGCCGGUUUUUGUGAAUUUGUGUUUUUUGUGGGGUUUUUUUUUUCCCCCUCCUCCCACUGUAACCAUGAAUAUUUUUAUUAAAAAGGCGAACACUCGCCACCUAUUUUGCAUGCUGUAUAUCUUCCAUUGUGACACAGUUGAACAAGUAUUGUCCUGUGCAGUGCUUUUUAAAAAAAAAAAAAAAAAAAAAAAUUUUUUGUCUCCUGCUCUGCUGAAUAACUGAUUUGAAUGUGUAAUAGCAGUGGGCUAUCAUUGCCUGUUUGUACUCUGUGGACGGUUUUGAUUGUAAUCAUGUAUUGUCUUUGCGCUGACUGGAUAGCACGCAACAACAAGGCUUUUCACUGUACAUUAAUACUGAAUUAGACUGCUUUAGCUGAGGGUGUCUGAAAUCCGGGAUAAAAUGAUGUUUGAUUUUAUAACGAGGUAAAUCUGAAGUAAGAUUCUUGUGGGAACGUUAUGAAUUGCGACGAUUUUGUGUAAAUUUAUAACUGCGGCAUUAAAAAAUGUUCUCAAACCUCA